UUUUUUAGGUCUCCCUUAUGCAUAACUGUCUCCUUGUGUUUUACGUGCUCAACGGCAAAGAGGCCAAGACACAGGCGCCACACUUCGCUACCUCGCUCGACUCUUAAUUAGCUUGCUAGGCAAAUAUAUUUAUGGCUAGCCGGUAUGCUGUGGAUGACUCGUUGUGGAGUGAAGUGCAGAUUAUCAAUGGGUACGCCGUGUUCAUGGGGUACCUGAUGAUGGGCGUAAGGGGUUUGGGCUUAUUGGUUGUUACUUGGACCACUGUCGUCCUCCUCGGUGGCUUCGUCUCUGAUCUUCAGAAGGACUUUUGGUGUCUCACGGGAAUUACACUCGUCCAAACUUCUGGGGUCUUCAAUUUUCUUUUAAAGGAAAAGUUAAGUGACAUGGUGCAUUCUUGGUGGGGUCUGCUGGCUACUGUAAUUGUCAUGGUGAAAGAUGACAAAGAUGAAUAUUUCGAAGAAAAAAAUGCAGUGGUAACAACUAUUUUAGUGGCGAUUCAAGUAUUUGUGCUUGUUAUUGUAUUAUGUCCUCUUGGGGUUCUCUACAUGCUUGGCUUGUAUAUCUCCACUGGAGUUUCAUUGUGGCGUCUAAUAGAGCACGACUUCGGUGAUUCUGGGGGUGCUAACCAGAAGCCGGCGCUACAAGUCCUCUAUGGCUUAGCUGUGGCACAAGGCGUGCUCUUUGGCUACAAGACCAUAAAUGCUCUUCGUGCAAGAAACAGGCUAGCGAAAUUUACCGCAGGUGAGAGCAUGGUCGACAAAGAGCUAGUUGCAGAGUACCUAGAGGAGAUUGUAGCGGGGUGCGAGAAGGACCCAUCAUUCGCUAGAGGAAGGAAUUUUUUGGACUUAAUGAUGGAAGCCAAGUCAAAUGAGGGUUUCAUAGCUGGGAUAAGGGUUCUGGGGGGGUGGCGCUAUCAAGAAUGA